AUGGAUUGGUUAUUUACAUUUAUUAUAUGUUAUAUUAUUUUUGCUGUAUUUGUACUGUAUACCUUACUAAUGGGUCAAACUCAAUUCCACAAAGAUGGUUUCAUUGGUUGGUGUCAUAUGUUUUUAACCUCGGGUUUACAAGAAUUUUGUGUAGGAUGUUUUUCAAAAAUUUGCCCAAAAAGAUUAAAAAAAAUGUCAGAUUCAUGUUAUAAUUAUUUCAUGUUUAAACCAAACCAUUUAUUACAAGGAUUUUAUUUAUCAUUAGUUGCAGUUGGUUUUUUUUUAUUUCAUAAAGAUUGUUUCCCAUAUAUUGGAACCGAAUAUAUACCUGAAUAUCAUAGAUAUGGUGCAUAUGCCUCAAUUCUUUUCACCCUUUUCACAUUUAUUGUAGCAAGUUACUCAUCACCAAACUAUAUUGACGAAAAAAAUCAUAAAGAACCAGCUAGAUCCAAACAUUGUAGAAUUUGUAAUAGAUGUGUUAGUAAAUUCGAUCACCAUUGUCCUUGGAUCAAUAAUUGUGUUGGAAGAAAUAAUUUAAGAUACUUUUUAUUAUUUGUAUUAUCAACAUCAUUAUUAUGCGUUUAUGGUGCAUAUUUAAGUGGAUGGUCAAUGUAUACUUUUAUCAAAGUCAAAGAUAUCAAAAAUUUAGGCUACACUAAAAAUGGUGUUUGGACCCCAGUUCCAACCACUAUUAUAAUCAAAUAUUUAGCAUUCGAAUCAAGAUCUAUUUUACCACUUGGUGUAUUUUGUCUUGUUAUAGCAGUAUUUUUAUUAUCAUUUUUCUUUUAUCAUAUUUAUUUAAUAGUUAGAAACACCACCACAAAUGAAUCAUAUAAAUGGGAAAAUAUAAAAGAUCAAAUUAAAAUUCAAAGAUUAGAGGAAAAACUUAAAGAAAAAGAGGAAGAAGAAAGAAAAAAAGAAAACAAAUCUCAAACUAGCAGCAGCAGUAGCAGCAAGGAUAAAGAAAUUAAGAAAAGAAAUAAAUCAAAUAACAACGAUAAUAAAGAAGAUAAAUAUCAAGUCGAAAAAGAUAAAGUUUAUUUACCUUUACCCAAAACUUUUAAAGAAAUUAAAAAUAUUUAUAAUAAAGGUGCUUAUUUAAAUUUAAUGGAAACCUUCUUUCCAAAUAAUUUUAAAUAA